UAAGCGAACAGCUGGGAAGUAACUUUGUCACACAUACAGUCGGACUCUUUUCAAUGAGGAGACGAACUCUUGAUGUCAAACAGGUGUGCACCUCAGCAGAAGGUGGUGUCUGGCUCCUCAGCAACUACAACACACUACACCGACGCUACGGCAUCAUAACCGGCCACAACUGGGCCAACAUAUCCCGGACAUUGAUCAGCGGGAGACGGGAACAGUGGCAAACACUAGCGGGGGAAGGAGCGUAUCCGGACAUUUCCGGUCCUGUUUGGGGGCUGACUAUGGCGGGGGAUAUAGUGUGUUUCACUAGGUCUUCACCACCUCGUCCACUGGAACCACCCUGUUCCCAGGGUAGGGUAGUACAUAUAGCCGCUACCACUAACGUGUUAUGGGCUGUAGAUCAGAGCGGUCAGAUCCACGUUAGAGAGGGACUAGCUCGAGAUGACGUGCUUGGAACACACUGGCAAACUCUAAACAUGACCCAACUAAUGGGGGUGCUCCUUCAUAAACUCAGUUGUUCAGAUAGAGGGGUUUGGGCGGUUGACACAACCGGCACGCCCUGGUUUAGAACUGGUUGUUACGCCGGAAAAGACAUCGUACAAGCUUGGGUGAGAGUAGAAUCAAACUCUUUAAAGUUUCGAGAAGUCUCCUCAGCAGGUUCCCUAGUCUGGGGUGUGGAUGGGAGGAACAGUGUGUAUGUCAGAACUGGUGUUUCAUAUUCACUACCAGUAGGAUCAGACUGGGAACAAGUGCCUGGACUGCAGUGUUUGCACGUGCGCGCGGCUCACGAGGGCGUGGUGGCUUUAUCCACUUCCCAGCACCUUGUAUACCGUUACGGGGCUUGCCCCACCCUCCCCGCGGGUAACUACUGGAGAAAGGUACCAGGUCCACCACCAGACGGCUCUGUGUCUCUUAUCACUACCUUGAAGGGUGGGGGAGUCUGGUGUCAAAGCGGAAGGUCUAAUCUCCUUGUAUAGGAGGAGAGUCAGGACUGUUCCAGAUAAAGGGCAUGUUAAUCAGGUGGGGUCUAGUCCUGCUGAAGAGGGCUGGGAGGUUGUGUGACCUGCUCAUUGAGGGGGGAGGGGCGAUUGUCAAUUAGCAAUUAAUACCCUUUUUGCUGAGUUUUCGAUGUUCCUUAUGGAGAGAAUGGUACGGUGUGAUAAGCACUAAAUUUAAAUGUUACCCACAGUCUAAUAAAAGUCCCAUUAAGUGAAAUGAUAAUAUAUCGCAUUGUGCUACAACUAUUUUAAAGUGGGUGCAAAAUUCAAUCAUAUCUAGCCAUGGACAUUGCACGGCGUCACAAUAGGCAAGCAUCAAAGGCUGAAUAUUAGUUAUAUAACGCAUUCAGCUUCGUCGGGGGAGGGGGGAUGCAACGACCAUUAUAAUUAGUUUCAGUAUUAUUUUAUUUUGCCAAUACUGACAUUGUCAUUAAUGGUCAUCCUACUAUAUAUAAAGCGAGACGAUAUAUAUCCGUAACAUUUUACUGAUACCACGGCAUCAACUUAAACACGAUUUUCCGCAAAAAUCAGCAUGAAAAAUAAAAAAUUGGCCAAGAAAUAAAAAUUUUAGUGCCCAAAAUUUGGACCCCCAAGAGGUGUC